GAUGAACAACUUGUCCAAUUCGACUCUCGAUAGCCACGUCCUAGAGCGCCGACCGACCCUCGACUCGGGGAAGAGCAUCGACUUCGUGGAACCGGACAGAUCCGUGAGGGAGGGACCGACCUUCUUGAAUAGAAACAAGACGGAAAAGAGACUGUUAAUGGUCCUGCCAAAAACGGGAUGACCAUAGCUGGACGGGUGUCCGUAUGGAUUGUGAAUGAAGGGGCUAAGCACUUCUUCAUGGCGACAUGGACGAUCCUCAACUUGGUCGGCUUUGCCUUUGCUCUCGUCAAUUACAGUCUCAAGGACAAUUUCGUUGGCGCUAGAGCCAUCUUCGGGUCAACCUAUGUCAUUGCUCGUGGUGCUGCUCAGAUCCUUCACAUCGACGUCGCUUUCAUUCUUUUGCCCGUAUGUCGGAACUUCAUCUCGUUACUCCGAAGGACCCCUCUGAACGAUAUCAUACCGUUCGACAGGAGCAUUUCGUUUCAUAAACAAGUGGGAUGGGCGAUCGUCGUCUACAGCUUGGUUCACAUCAUUGCGCACAUGGUCAACUUUGCAAAGCUGGCCAUUGCUUCAAAGUCCGGCUUUACCGGUUUCCUCAUGUACAACUUUGCGACCGGACCCGGCGUCACAGGCUGGGUAAUGACUGCGAUCCUAGGCAUCAUGGUCUUCUUCGCCACGGAGAAGAACAGACGAUCUCACUUUGAGAGAUUUUGGUACUCGCAUCAUCUCUUUGUCCUAUUCUUCAUUGGCUGGCAGCUACACGGCAUGUUUUGUAUGAUUCAACCUGAUCGUCCCCCUUUCUGCUCUGCCGGUCAGAUUGGAGUUUUCUGGAAAUACUUCAUCCCUGGAGGCGUUGUCUGGAUCAUUGAGCGGAUCCUACGUGAGGUCAGAGCUCGACACAUCACCUACAUCUCAAAGGUCAUUCAACAUCCAUCAAAGGUCAUUGAAGUCCAAAUCAAGAAAGAUCACACGACUCGUCGCGCCGGCCAAUACAUAUUUAUCAAUUGCCCCGAGAUCAGCUACUUUCAGUAUCACCCGUUCACUCUCACUUCCGCUCCAGAGGAAGACUACAUCUCCGUGCAUAUCCGAGUGGUGGGCGAUUGGACCACAGCCUUUGCGAAAGCUCUCGGGGCCGAUCUCGGGGACUCGCAGCAGAAGAAGAUUGAGGAGACGGGAGGGGCACGAGAGCUCGUGCUUUCGCCUUCUGUGGGCAAAGUGUUACCUCGGAUCAUGAUCGAUGGACCGUUUGGAUCGGCAAGCGAAGACUUCACCAAAUUUGAGACAGUUCUGCUGGUUGGAGCUGGUAUCGGCGUCACACCGUUCGCUUCCAUCCUCAAGUCGAUCUGGUACCGCUUGAAUAAGUUUGGCAAGGACAAAAAGACGCGCCUGAGCAAAGUCUACUUUGUCUGGGUCAUCCGGGACUUUGGCUCAGCAGAGUGGUUUCAUUCCCUUCUUCAGGCCGUCGAAGCCGAGGAUGAAGGGCACAAGAUCGAGAUUCACAUCUAUCUAACUGCUCGCAUUGAUGAAAACAAGAUGAACAAUCUCUUGAUCCAAGAUGUCGGUGCAGACAAAGACUCUAUCACCAAUCUUCGAGCACCAACCCAUUUCGGCAGGCCCAACUGGGAUCGAGUGUUUGAGUCUAUCGCCAACAAACACCCUGACACUGACUGUGGGGUGUUCUUUUGUGGUCCACCCAUGCUGUCCAAGACUUUGCACCAGAUGAGUAACAAGUAUACUUCGCCCAUGGGAUGCCGCUUCAUCUUUGGCAAAGAAAACUUCUGAACGGCUCUCGGCGUCCUGAGCGCAACGCGACCUGCGUCUCUCACUUCACCUGUAUGACUCAUAGUCGAAAUCGCUGUACAGCUAUGCAUGAUCAGUGACUGUCAGG